AUGGAGUGCCGCGGUACGAUCGCCCUGUUGUGCUUGAGUGUCUACCUCGCCACGGCCUCGGCCGACACCUUCGGAGCUGGUCUCAAGCUUUUAGGAAGGAUGUACGACAAUUGCGAAAGGUCACAAGAGAUCGUCAAGUGCUUCAAGGUUCAGGCGGCCAAACUCGCCGACCGGGCCGCCAGGAUGGAGAGUCUCCCGAUCGUCGAAGGCAUCUCCUUGGUCCGGAGAGAAGACAACGGACGGGCCUUUCCCUCGUCCUUGCCAGAAGGCGACUUGAACUCGCUGCCGGCUGAUCAAGUCGACAAGCUGCUCAACGUCGCCACUUCGAAGCUGAUGCAGACGCAUCGCGUCGUCAUCUCUCCGACGAGUGUCGGCGCUGACGUCGGUAGAUCUCUUAAUGAAGCCAGGAGUAAAUUGAAGAAAAUGAUCGGCCCCAUCAUCGCCGGCGUGCUCCUCAAAGGCGGUUUCCUAGCGAUGGCUUUCCAGGCUAUUGCCCUGAUCGCUGGAAAAGCGCUGUUGAUCGGUAAGAUUGCUCUACUGUUGUCCGCUAUCAUCGGCUUGAAGAAACUCGUGUCUGGUGGCGAAGCUCAUGAGAAGACCACGUAUGAGAUUGUGAAGCAUCCUCAGGUGUCUCAGAGCCACACUUACUCCUCGUCGCACUAUGGAGGUGACUUCGACGCAACCGGCCCCGGUGGCCACUACAGGAGAAGCGUGGAAGACGAGGCCGCAGCACAGGACAGGGCGUACAGAGCAUACGCCCAGAAGCAGUAG